GAGGGAGAAGCUGUGCGGCACAGGGUGGACGCACAGGGUGGACGGCACAGGGUGGACGGCACAGGGUGGACGGCACAGGGUGGACGGCAAAGGGUGGACGGCACAGGGUGGACGGCACAGGUGGACGGCACAGGGGACGGCACCGUCACGUCCGGGGGCGGAGGUGGCGCAGCUGCGCGCCCAGCCCUUCCCCUCUCCUUAACCCCACCUCAGGCAUACGCAGUGGAGCCUGAAUGUGAAGGCGUAUACAGUAGAGUUAGAGGCGGAGUGGCACAGUUGAAGGAAGAGAACGAACAGCUGCGCUCCCAGCUGCUGCAGCUGCAGUCACAGUCACACACGCAAAUGCCAGCAGCCAUGCCUACUUCUCUAUCUGCAGCACCACAAACAGCAGUGCCAGCAACGGCAGCAGCAGCAGCAGCAGCAGCGGCGGCAGCAGGCACGCCACUCAGUGCAGCAGCAGCAGCAGCAGCAGCAGCAGCAGCAGCAGCAGCAGCAGCAGCCAGCAGCAGCAGCAGCAGCAGGGGAAGGGUGGUGCUGGCAGCAAGGCACCGCAACGGUCCAGGUCUGGGCCAUGGUGACCACCCUUGCUGCCUGGUCUCGCUGGAUGCGCGACACCCCCUCUCAACCACAUAA